AUGAAAGAAUUUACAGUUGUUUUAUAUGCUGGUGGUGUUGAUUCACGUAUGUCUGAAUUAACAUCAACAAUCCCAAAAUGUUUAUUACCAAUUGGUAAUCGUCCACUUAUCUGGUAUACUCUUAAAUUAUUAGAAAUAAAUGGUUGUCAAGAAUGUUUAAUUUUAACAUCACCACAAUAUCGAACAUCACUCGAUGAUUAUUUAUCAUCAUUAACAUUAACAUUAAAAUAUGAAUUAUUAACACAUCAUCAUAGUGGUCAAACAUCGGAAGAUGAUGAAAUUGG